GGCGGCGGGGGCCGCGGCAGGGCCCCCGGCGCUGGGAGCCGCGGCCCGGCCCGGAGCAGGGCGAGGGCCCGGCCCGGCCGUAGCGGAGCGCGGAGCGGCGGCGGUGACGGGGGGGCGGCAGCUCACCAUGGCCAACUCCAGCCACAUCCAGUCGGCCGCCUCCAAGAGCAUCCGCCCAUUCCGCUCCAGCGAGGAGUACCUGGAGGCCAUGAAGGAGGACCUGGCCGAGUGGUUCAACACCCUCUACGACCUGGACAUCCAGGUGGACACCUUCCUGGAGAGCCUGGAGACGGGCUGUCACCUCUGCCGCCACGCCAACAACGUCAACCGCACCGCCCUGGACUUCCAGGAGCGGCACCCGGAGGCGGCCGCCCGCAUGCGGGUGCCCCAGAACGAGGUGGUCUUCCAGGCCAAGAACGUGGUGCCCGGCUCCUUCAUCGCCAGGGAUAACGUCUCCAACUUCAUCCAGUGGUGCCGGCAGGACCUGGGCAUCCAGGACGUCCUCAUGUUCGAGACCAACGACUUGGUGCUGAAGAAGAACGAGAAGAACUUCGUCCUCUGCCUGCUGGAGGUGGCCAGGAGGGGCUCCAAGUUCGGGAUGCUGGCGCCCAUGCUGAUCCAGAUGGAGGAGGAGAUCGAGGAGGAGAUGAGGGACCAAAUGGGCGACGGCGCGCUGGGCACGCGCCGGGAGAGCCGGGACCCCCAGGCGGGCGCCUUCCCCAGCCGGGCCCGGCCCAUCACCCUCUGCGACCUCAAGAACCUGGACGAGCUGGUGAGACACGCGCUCCCCUGGGAGCCCUGUGCCUGGGUGCGGGAGAUCCUGGGCUGCUGCUCCUGCCCCUCGCAAUUCCCCAUGGUCAAGGUGUCCGAGGGGAAGUACAAAGUGGGAGACUCCAACACGCUCAUCUUCGUCCGAGUGCUGAGGAGCCACGUCAUGGUGCGCGUUGGUGGCGGCUGGGACACACUGGAACAUUACCUGGACAAGCACGACCCGUGUCGCUGUGCUGCCCUCUCUCACCGCCUGCCCCAGCCCCCCCCGGGCAUGUCCCCCCAAAAGCAGCCCUCGGCCCCCUCGUCCCGCGCCUCCAGCCCCAACCCCCGGCGCCCCCGCCUCGCCGGGCCCCCAGCCGGGGGGGACAGUGGCCACGGCAGGACCGAGCGGGGCCACCAGCCCAGGGGGGCCGGAGACCCCCCGAAGCCGCCCAGGCAGGAGUGUUUGCCCCCCCGGGGCGGGGCGGCCCCCCCGUCCGGCUCCAACAGCCCCUCCCGCAGCCCCGCGGAGCCCCGCGGGACCGGCACGGCCAGGUACGGCACCCCCGGGACCCCAAAACACAGCCCCCAGCCCACCGGCAGCGCUCGGCCACGGGGGGAGAGUGGGGGGAAUGGGGCCGCGCGCCUCGCGCGCUCCGCCGCUGCUCGGGCGACAGCGACUCCUCGGCCGCCUCCGCGCAGAGCGGCCCCCGACGCCCCCGGCCCGCCGGGACCCCUCCGGACCCCGCGCCGGGGUCCCCCGCGCCCCCGCGCUGCCGGGUCCCCCCGCGGGUCCCCCCGCGCCUCCCGCAGCCCCGGGCGCGGCCCCGCUCCGCUGCUGCUCAUCCGCCGCCGCCCCGACGGGCAGCACUCGUGGGCACGGCCCGAGCCCCCCGCCGCCGGGGGCGCGCCCGGGGGGGCUCCCGGGGGGCGGCGGGACCCCCGGCCCGGCCCCGGGGACCCCGAGGAGCUGGCGCGGAGGCUGCGGGCCCCGCGCUGGCUGGAGCCCGGGCAGGAGCAGCGGCUGUUCCAGCGGCUGGAGGAGGAAUUCCUGGCCAACACGCGGCUGCUCGAGCAGCUGGGGGACACCGAGAGCCCCCCCGCGCCCCCCGCCACCGCCGACUCGGCCUAUUGCUCCUCGUCGUCCUCGUCUUCCUCCCUCAACGUGUUCGCCAAGCACGGGCUGCCCGCCGAGGACGGGCGGCGGAGCGGGAACAGCGACGGGAAUAACAACAACGGGAAUAACGGGAACAACAACGGGGUGUGCCCCCCGCUGCCGUCCAACCCCACCAUGGGAGAUGUGAGGCGCCGCUCCACCCUCUCCAGCUCCUCCGACGACAGCUGCUGCUUCCCGGCCUCCUGGGACAACCGGGAGACCCCCGGGAAUCCCGGCUCCGACACCGACUGGCCGCCCGGGGAGGAUGAGCUGCUGGAGAUGGAGGAGACCCCCCUCGCCCCGGGGGUCUCCACGCCCCCACGGCGGCCCUGGGCCAAGCCCCGGCUGGACACGCAGCCCCACAAGGCGCCGUCCCGGAUCCCCACCCCGAGGGGUUACGGGGCCGGGACCCGGCCCCACAACGGCAGCCCCAAGGCCUGGGGGGCUCUGCAGAGCGUCUUCUCCCUGCUGGAGCCCCCCUGGGCCCCGCGGGAGCGCGAGGGGCUGGAGGAGGACACGUGGCCCUGAGAGGUCCAGCUCGGUGGCCUUGGCACCCCUGGGGACAUCCCGGAGCGGCCACUGGAGGUGGCACCUGUGUGCAGAGGUGAUGGACGGGGCCCGGGGGUGGGCAGGACGCCUUCACACGGACACUGUUGGCAGUGGGGUGGGCCCUGCAAGGAGCCCCCAGGCCCAGAGGGCCCCGGGUGUGCCCCCACCCCCAGGGAGCAGCUCCAUGGUGGGGCCGUGGUGGGGUCAUGGUGGGGUGGCCAGAGCAGAACUGGCACCUGGGAGUGGGGCUGGAGAGCACCUGGCUCUGCUCAGCUUGGACUCUUCAUCUCUUCUCAUCUUGUUUUCUCCUCCUCUUCGUGCUAUUCUUGUCAUCCUCCUCCUCAUCUUCUCGUGUUCUCUCAUAUUUCUACUCCUCUUUUGGCCGCCUUCUCCUUCUCUUGCCAUCUCCUCCUUGGCCUUUGUGUCCUUCUCAUCAUCACCUUCUCUUCUUGACCUUGUCCUCCUCUUGUCUUCUUCUCUUCUUGGCCUUCUUUGUCCCCUUGUCAUCACCCUCUUGGUCACUGUCUCCUCUUGUUUCUUCCUCUUAUUGGUCAUCUCCCAUCUCUCUUCUCUUCCUCCUCUUCCCUCUACCCCUGAGAUGACUUGAGGACGUGCAGCUUCUCACACAAUUGGGAUUUGAGGCUGGGGGGGGUGUCACUGUGUCCCCUCCAGGCCCAGCACUGCUGUGUUGAUGUCCCCAGGGUGGGACAGGGCUGUGCCCCCCGUGGCCCCCACCCCUCGGGCCCUGCAUGUCCCCCCAAGCCAGUAAAGACCAAGGGAGCUGCUCCCACCA